UGGUCUUUCCCGGUGCGGGCUCGGUGGAGGGGGCUAGCCCUUGUCCUCACCUUGACGAAUUGCGGGGCUGAGGACUGGAAGUGCGGGAUCAUUGGGACGGGGUAAUCGCGGUAGAGCAUCUCAGGCUAGGUUUGAGGGCGGCGUAGUUUUUUGGGACGUUCCGAGAGUGUGACUGAGUGUUCACAAGGUUUCUUUUGGGGUAGUAGGAAGGGAGGGAUUCUAGGGGGCCUUGCCAUGGUUUUCUUGCUAGGAAGGGUUGGAGGGGGUAUACAAGAGAGUUGACCCUGGGUAGAAGGGUGCAGCGGGCUGAAGGGUGUGGGGAGCUUGACGUUCCUGCCUCUCUGAGACUGGAGCAAGUUGAUGGGCAAGUAAGGCAGCUGGACGGAAAUUAGGCCCCUAUUGGAUUUGGGUUUGUUUCAGUUUGCACGUCUGGGUGUGAGAUAAGGGCUGAGUGGACCAGUGGUAGCCUGUGCCAGAAGUUGACCUGCAACUUUCAGCACUUCAGAUGAACUACAGUGGUGCUUUUGCCCGGCAAUCGGUCUUCUGUCCCCACUCACUGCUUGCUGCACCCUCCUUUUUCACAGUUUCCAGGAGCUGUGGAAAGAAAUGCUUUUGCUCUCUCCCAUGACCUGUGGUACCGGUGGGAACCUUUCCUCUAACCAGAAAGACUCCAUACCCUUAUUCACCAAGGUUCCUUGGCUUGGAGUCUUCCUCCUUUCUCCCAAAUCUUCCUUUUCUGUGUACUUUCCCCACUGGGCUCUUCUGAAGCAGAACAAGGAAUUCCCAGCUCUCCUGUCUCCACUUGUCUCUUGCCUGUACUUAUGGCGACAUCAGCUACCAGCCCCAGUUCACCUCUCCGGGCGGAGGAUCUCCUGAGUGAUUCAUCAGAAGCCCCUGGGCUGAACCAAGUAUCCUCUGAGGUCACCUCCCAGCUCUAUGCUUCUUUGCACCUCAGUCGUCAGGCAGAGGCCACAGCCCGAGCGCAGCUGUAUUUACCCUCCACCUCCCUACCGCCUCAUGAGGGGUUAGACAGCUUGGCCCAAGAGCUGAGUCGCAGUUUGUCACUUGGAUUGGAGAACAACUUGAAGAAAAAGAUGAGGGAGGAUGGUUCCAAGCAUAUCUUUGAGAUGGAAAGUGUUCGGGGCCAACUCCAGAGCAUGCUCCAAACCUCACGUGAUACAGCCUAUCAGGAUCCCUUUGCUCUAGGCGCUGGUUCAGAGAGACGGGAAGAAGACUCCUUUGACAGUGAAAGCACAGCCACCUUACUUAACACCCGGCCUCUGCAAGACUUAUCUCCAUCUAGCUCAGCCCAAGCCCUGGAGGACUUGUUUCCCCGCUACACCAGCCUUCGGCCAGGACCCCCACUCAAUCCCCCGGAUUUUCAGGGCCUGAGAGAUGCACUGGAUUCAGAGCAUACCCGUCGCAAGCAUUGUGAGCGCCAUAUUCAGAGCCUGCAGACCCGAGUGCUAGAGCUUCAGCAACAGUUAGCUGUGGCUGUGACUGCUGACCGCAAGAAAGAUAUCAUGAUUGAACAACUGGACAAGACCCUGGCCCGUGUGGUGGAGGGCUGGAACCAGCAUGAAGCUGAGCGCACAGAGGUACUUCGAGGACUCCAGGAAGAACGCCAGGCAGCUGAACUCACUAGAAGCAAGCAGCAGGAGACAGUAACCCGCCUGGAACAAAGUCUUUCUGAGGCCAUGGAGGCCCUGAAUCGCGAGCAGGAAGGUGCCAGACUACAGCAACGGGAAAGAGAGAUGCUGGAAGAGGAAAGGCAAGCUCUGACCUUGAGCUUGGAGCUAGAACAGCAGCGGUGCCGGGCCCUGCAGGAAGAACGGGAUGAGGCUCGUGCUGGGCAAAUCAGUGAGCAUCGACAGUUGGAGACGCUUCAGGUUGCCCUAGAAGAAGAAAGGCAGACCUGGGCCCAGCAAGAGCUCCAGCUUAAGGAACGCUACCAGGCACUGCAGGAGGAGGGCAAGGCUCAGUUGGAAAGGGAGAAGGGGAACAUGCAGAGGGAAGCGCAGGCCGCCCGGGAGGCCCAGCAGCAGCUGACAUUGACGCAGUGUGAGGUGCGGCGGUUGGAAGGAGAGCUGGAUACGGCUCAGAGAGAGAGAGAUGCCCUGCAGCUGGAAAUGAGCUUGGUGCAGGCCCGGUACGAAAGCCAGAGGAUCCAACUGGAGUCAGAGCUGGCUGUGCAGCUGGAGCAGCAGGUGACAGAGCGGCUGGCACAGGCUCAGGAGAGCAGCCUGCGACAAGCAGCCUCCCUGAGGGAGCAGCACAGGAAGCAGCUGCAGGACCUAAAUGGACAGCACCAGCAGGAAUUGUCCACUCAGUUGACUCAGUUCAAGGUGGAAAUGGCAGAACGAGAGGAAAGACAGCAGCAGGUGGCUCAGGACUAUGAGCUCAGACUGGCCCGGGAGCAAGCACGAGUGCGGGAACUGCAGAGUAGGAACCAGCAGCUGGAGGAACAGCGGACCGAGCUGGUAGAGCGACUCCAAGCCAUGCUGCAGGCCCACUGGGAGGAGGCAAACCAACUGCUCGGCACCUCUACCCUGCCUUCUAACCCCCCAGCCCCGGCUGCCAGCUCCUCUAGCCCUGGGCCUCAGGAACGAGAGAAGGGGGAGAGGAGGAUCUGGACUAUGCCUCCCAUGGCUGUGGCCCUAAAGCCUGUAUUGCAGCAGAGCCGGGAAGCAAGGGAUGAGCUGCCUGGAGUGCCGCCUGUUCUCUGCAGCUCCUCCCCAGAUCUUAGCCUCCUAUUGGACCCCACUUUCCAGAGCCAACAUUCCUUCCAGCUCCUGGAGCCAAAGCCAGAUCUCACUUCAGUUGGGGCCUUCCAUUCCAAUCAAAGAGCAGAACGGCCAUUCCCUGAGGAAGAUCCUGGGUCAGAUGGGGAUGGAUUCCUAAAGCAAGAGCUGCCACCUCCUCCUCAGCUGGAGGGCCUCAAGCAUUUUUUGCACCAGCUGCUGGAGACAGUACCCCAGAACAAUGAGAACCCCUCUGUGGACCUGUUACCCCCUAAGUCUGUUCCCCUGACUGUCCCAUCUUGGGAGGAAGCCCCUCAAGUGCCACGCCUCCCACCCCCUGUCCAUAAAACUAAAGUACCGUUAGCCAUGGCAUCUAAUCUUUUCCGGGUCCAUGAGCUUCCCUCAACCCAUCUACAGAGCAGCGGUCCCAGCAGUGGCUCCCCAGAGAGGGGUAGAGAUGGGCUCACAUCCUCGAGGCAGCUGAUGGAGAUGUCUCAGCUCUUACGACUAUACCAAGCUCGGGGCUGGGGGGCACUGCCUGCUGAGGAUCUGCUGCUCUACCUGAAGAGGCUGGAACAUAGCGGGACUGACAGCCGAGAGGAUAGCAUCCCAAGAAGGAACACAGACUCCCACUUGGGUGAGAUCCCCCGGAAAGAGAUUCCUUCCCAGGCUCUCCCCCGCCGCCUUGCCACAGUCCCUAAGACUGAAAAGCCUCCAGCACGCAAGAAAGGCGGACACCCUGCCCCUACUAGCGUGAGGAGUCGGGCAGGAAUCUGGAGAUAAGUCCCUGCCCUUUCCCCUCUUUUUUGUUUUCUUCUUAUUACUAUUUUAAUAAAUGCUCAAUAGUCUGCAUUAGAGUCUGUGACUCUUAGGAAUUUGGCAAAUGGAAGUUUUGUAGGAAACUAUUUUGUAAGGACCCUUACUUUAUUCUGUUUGAGUAUGUUUUUUAUAUGUUACGUUUCUAUUUUAUAGUCUGUGGAAAAAGACAUGAAGACAGUCUUAUGGCUAGAUUGGUGAAGUUUUAAUGAGCUAAGGUUCAAUGUUUUGAAAAUAAAGCCCACAGAGUGAUUAGCUCUGGUUGGUAGUAUAA